AUGGAAUCAAAUCAAAAAUGUGGUGCAACACAAAUUGUAAAUGAAUUUUGUGAAUCAAUUGAAGGAAUUGUUUUUAGAAAAGGAUCAGAAGAAUAUAAACAAAAUGUUAAUAAACGUUGGAAUAUUGAUGUUGUGAAUACACCAUUAUUAAUAGUUUAUCCAAAGAAUAUUCAAGAUGUUGUUAAAGCUGUUAAUUUUUCAAGAGAAUGUCAACUUGAUUUUGCAGUGAUUGCAGGUGCUCAUGGAUUUAAAUCAACUUGUGACAAUGGAUUACUAUUGAAUAUCUCAAGUAUGAAAAAUAUUAAAGUUGAUGAAGCAAGCAAGACUGUUGUUGUUGAGACUGGUUGUACAUUGGGUGAUUUAGAUAAAGAAACUUCAAAAUUUGGAUUAGGGAUACCUUCUGGACAUGUUAGUCAUACUGGUUUGGGUGGAUUAACAUUGGGUGGUGGUAUAGGUCACCUUUCAAGAUCACUUGGAUUAACAUCAGAUAAUUUAAUUGGUUGUACAUUGGUAAACUAUAAAGGUGAGAUUGAAAAGGUCACUGAUCAAUCAAAUAAAGAACUUAUCUAUGCAAUUAGAGGUGCCGGUAGUAAUUUCGGUGUUAUCACUGAUUUCACAUUUAAAUUACAUCCAGUGAAGGAUGUUUACUUGGGUACUUUUGUUUACCCACAUGCAACCUCAAAGGAGCCAUUGACAUUACUUGGUGAGUAUGCGUCAAGUAAAGAUGUUCCAAAUGAACUCUCAUGUGCAAUUUCAAUUACACCAGAGGGUGUUGUAGUUAUGGCGAUUUAUAAUGGUACUGAGGAACAAGGUAAACCAUACAUUGAAAAGAUCGCUAGCUUUGGUGUGCCAGUAGUUUCGAAAAUUUCAAUGAUACCAUAUGUACAAUUACAAUGUUUAAUCGAUAAUAAAGUUCCACAUGGUUUGAAAUAUUAUCAAAGAGGUCCAUUCAUUAAAGAGGCAUUAAAUGCUGACAUGAUUGAAAUCAUUUUGGAUGCUUACAAUAAACAUCCAACUAAAUCUUGUGCAAUUCUUUUAACUCAUUUAGGUGGUAAAGUUAGAGAACCAGUUGAAGAUGAUUUCUCUUCAUUUGCUCAUAGAAAUUCAGAAUACCAAAUUAUCUUUGCCUCAAUCAUUCCAUCUGAUCAAGAUAAACCAUCAAUUAAACAAUGGACUGCCGAUGUUCAUACCAAAUUAAUGCCAUAUUGUUUUGGUGAUUAUUCAAAUACUACCGAUGGUACUCAACCAAUUGAAAUUAUCUAUGGUAAACAUACAAAUAAAUUAAUUCAAUUAAAAACAAAAUAUGAUCCAUUAAAUUUCUUUAAAAAUAAUACAAAUAUUAAACCAAUUCAAAAUUAA